GGGCUUGUUUUGUACGACACCUGCGGGCUAGGUUGGGUAUUGCAUCCAGCAAGAUGAGGGAACUUGUCAAAAGUUGACGAAUAACUCCUAUUACUGAUACAUUUAAUUGUGUCUUUGAUGUAGAAAACAUGCAUAUUAUGGCUGUACGUAUGACUUUUCUUCUUUCCUUUUCUUCCGGCACAGUUGGCAUUUCGUCGUAGUCUAAGCAAGCCCCUGUCUACAUAUUAUGUGGCGUUUAAAAAUAGUGGCUGGGCCAGCGGGAGUGACACGAGGAGCGUCAGGUUGCUGCGUUGCUGCGGGCGGACAAGCCGCGCAAAUGUGCGCCUGCUUCGGGGCUCACGUUACGUGGAGGCUCGGGGGCGCUGAGCCGCGAGGAGCCCUCCGCUCCCCUCCCCUCCCUUCCCUUCCCGUCCUCCCUCCCUCUCUCUCUCUCUCUCUUUCUGUCUACUCCUCCUUCCGGUCCCCCUUUCUUUCCUCGGUGGCGCUUGCGGGAUCUUGUUUGGGUCCAGAGCGAGUCCGCGGUAGCACCUGGCCGGCUGGACGCAGCUUCCGACCCGAGCAGGCAGGACGCCAGCGUCUCUCGGCCGUCAUGUUGGCCAGCAGCGGCAAGUCACCGGUUCCCUCGUCCCGGGAGCCCAGAACCAAAGCGGCGGACAAGACCACGGAUCCCAUUCGGAGGCUCGGUCUGCUGGACAACGAGGACGUGAGGAUGAUGCUGGCGGGCUCCAACAUGGUGAAAGUUCGCUCUCCAAGGUGGCAGAAGAGCCGAACUCUCCGCCUGCUGGAGGACGGGCUCACCGUGUGGUGCGAGUCGUCCAAGAGCUCCCGCAAGGCCAAAGCCCGCCAGACCUUCGCGGUGACCGAGGUGGAGUGCGUGCGCGAGGGCUGCCAGUCGGAGGCGCUGCGCCGGAUAUCGGGCUCGGUGCCGGACAGCCGCUGCUUCACGGUGGUCUUCCGGGGGGCCCGCAAGAGCCUGGACCUGCUGUGCCCGUGCGAGGACGAGGCGCAGCGCUGGGUGCGGGGCCUGCGCACCCUGAAGGAGCGCGUCGCCAACAUGACGCAGAAAGAGAAACUGGACCAUUGGAUCCGCGGCUACUUAAGGCGAGCGGAUCAGAACCAAGACGGCAAGAUGAGCUACGACGAAGUCCGCCGGCUGCUGCAGAUGAUCAACAUCGACCUGAGUGAGCAUUACGCUCGCUCUUUGUUCAAGAGGUGCGACCGGUCCGGGGACAGCCGUCUGGACCACAACGAGAUCGAAGAGUUCUGCAGGGAGCUGCUGCGCCGGCCCGAGCUGGACGCCGUCUUCCGCCACUACUCCAGCAACGGCUGCGUGCUCUCCACCGCCGAGUUGCGGGACUUCCUGGGAGACCAGGGAGAGGACGCCAGCCUGGCCCACGCGCAGACCCUCAUCGGCGCCUAUGAGCUCAACGACUGGGCUCAAAGGAACCAGUUCAUGACCCAAAAUGGCUUCACCAUGUACAUGCUGUCGCGGGAGAAUGACGUGUUGAACCCGGAGCACGCCCGAGUCUACCAGGACAUGUCCCGCCCCCUCGCCCACUACUUCAUCUCCACCUCGCACAACACCUACCUCACCAAGGACCAAGUGACCAGCGCCAGCAGCACCGAGCCCUACAUCAGGGCUUUAAUUCAAGGCUGCCGCUGUGUUGAGCUGGACUGCUGGGACGGCGAUAAAGGCGAGCCGGUCAUCUACCACGGUCACACGCUCACCUCCAAAAUUCCUUUCAAGGAGGUCAUUGUCACCAUCGCACAGUACGCCUUCAAGACGUCUCCGUACCCUCUGAUCUUGUCCCUGGAGAACCAUUGCUCCGUGGAGCAGCAGGUGGUCAUGGCCAAGCACCUCCACACCAUACUGGGCAACAAGCUGCUCAACAAGCCCCUCGGCGACCACUCGCUCAAGGAUCUCCCCUCACCUGAAGAGUUGAGGGGGCGUAUCCUGGUAAAAGGAAAGAAGCAGAUCCCUCACUUGGCCCAGCUGGGCAACAACGGAAGCUGCGGCAGCUUUUCCUCGAGCUCCGAAGACGAGCAGGCAGGCGGAAACAAGAGUACGCCCAAGAGGGACCCCCCCAAGUUGUGUUCCAAACUGAGCGUGGAGCUUUCCGAAUUGGUGGUGUACUGCCGCAGCGUCCCUUUCUGCGGUUUCGCAAACACGGGGGAAAGGCCGGCGGAUGAAAUGUCGUCCUUCUCCGAGAACGACGCCCUACGGCUCAUCAAAGACUCGGGGAAGCUUUUUGUGAGAUACAACAGCAGGCAGCUGAGCCGGAUCUACCCCUCCGGACAGCGCCUGCAAUCGUCCAACUACGAUCCCCAGGAAAUGUGGAACGCCGGCUGCCAGAUGGUGGCUCUAAAUUUCCAGACCCACGGCGAGCAGAUGGACCUGAACCAGGGCCGCUUUCUGCCCAACGGGCGUUGCGGCUACGUCCUGAAACCCAGCUUCCUGUGCAGCGGCGAGUCCGACUUCAACCCGGAGAACACGGGCGGGGGUCCCGGUCACAUCCCCACCCAGCUGACUAUACGAGUGAUAUCAGCGCAGCAGCUUCCCAAAAUCAACACAGACAAGGCCAGCUCGAUUGUGGACCCGCAAGUGUGGGUGGAGAUUCACGGGGUGGCCAUAGAUAACACCAGAGACAAAACACACCGCAUCGACAACAAUGGCUUCAACCCACGAUGGGACUGCACGCUCAGCUUCCAGCUGCAGGUGCCCGAGCUGGCACUGGUGCGCUUUGUUGUCGAGGACCACGACCACACGGCCAAGAACGACUUUGUGGGGCAGUUCACGCUACCCUUCACCAGCCUGCGUACAGGUUACCGACACGUUCACCUGCUGAAGUCCGACGGGUCCCGCUUGGCGCCAGCCACGCUCUUCGUCCACGUUAAAGUCUCCCGCAGAGGAGUUCCCAUUAAACACGUGUGUGAAAGUACGCCUUCUCCCAAGAGAAAAGUGUAAAUGUCACAAAGUGACAAAUGUUAGCUGGCGAGAUGGAAGGUGGCAAAACUUGUACUCAAGAGCCACACUGGAUUUUUUUUUUUUAUAAACGGCACAGAUUGACCAGAUCAUUCGUAGAUAAAGUUUAAAAAAAAUGACUAACCAUCCAUUUUCUGAGCUGCUUAUGCUCACGAGGGUUUCGGGAUUGCUGGCAUACAAGCGGGGCUGGGAUCGAGCCCGGGACCUCAGAACUGUGAGGCCAACGGUUUCCAUCUGACUCACCGUGCUGCCCAAAUUAACCAAUCGUUCAUAAAUAAAUUUCAAUUAAUGUGGUUAAAAAAAGGUAAUUUAAUGCAACAAAUAUUGCCCAUCCUUUGCCUUCAUUGGACACAAGCAGCUCUUCCUUCUCUGGAAUCACAGCAUGCUGUUUUUGUUCCAACUAAAGAUGAAUUAAUAUAACAGCAUAUGAAACUAAUAAAGUACUAAGAACAAAAAAAUGAACAAAAAAUAUCAAACUUACUGUACUUACAGCACUUUUUAAAUGUAUGUUUUUACCUCCACAACUUGAACUUAAAAUGACAGAAACAAGCAGUAUUACAUUAAAAAAAACAUGUUUACGUGUGUCCUAAUAUGAACUUUAUCUCCUUAAUGCUAGAUUUUGCAUAAGCUAAGGAAAUGAAACAAAUCAGUUAACUUAUUUUGACUUGUAGACUGUUGUGUCUAUUUCACUGUUUCUUCCUCUUUGUUGCCAAAAUAGUCUCUGAAUAGACUGAUCGUUGCAUCACCCCGUAAAGUGAAACCCUUUCAGUAUUAAAAACAAGUUUUUCGUUGUUUAGCAAAUUAUUUCAUGCAGUGAUGUAUUUGUCGUGACUAAUGUCUUUAUUACAAAAUAAUGUUACGUAUUAGCGCUAUGGACAGGGAGAGCGAGACUCAAAGUCAUUAAUUUUGAAAAAAAAAUCUUUCUGUUUAUCUUUGUUUUGUUGUUUUUGUAACAAAGUACUUUUUAGUGCUGGUUGUUUUUAAAAUGUCUCAUGCAACCAUGUCAUUGUUGUUCAAGAAGUGCCAAUAAAGUUAUAAUAAAUUGA